AUGAUCGAGUUGCUGGUGUUGUUAUUAUUACUGAUAGCCACAUCUAAUAUUCAAUGCCCUCAUUUUAAUGGUGGUACAAUCUUUUGGAAACCUGUUAACAAUACUGAUCUCACUGCUCCAAUUCAAGUAUCAAUAACACAAAAUUAUGUAUGGGUCUCUCCAGACGUAUCUUGUCCGUCGGUUGGUGCUCUUGUUAAUCUUAGUAGCAAGGCCGGUUCACCGCCAACUUCGUUAAGUUGUACAGCAAAUUGUGUUACAUCCGGCGGUUAUGUAGCACCGUUAAUUAAUCCAUAUUGUACAAGUGUUAGUGCACCAUUAGGUUUAAUUUAUUCACAACGUACAGAUAUUGUUAAUCUAGACGCCAAUGAUUCAUUUACUGUUGCAUUCGUAUCCAACGGUUCAUACCGUUCACUUUAUGGUAACAAUACUGCGACAAAUUGGGCAC